GCCCUCGCGCGGCAUUUUAGCGACCCUACCGCACGGCCCUUCCCGGCACGGCACGGUACGGUACGCCGACCCGACCCGACCCGACUGGAAGCGUAUGGACAAAGCGGGAGGAAAAAGUGUCCCUCGUCUUCCGCUUGCGACCCCUUCCUCUAUACCUCCUCCUUCUCCUCCCCCCCGUCCCCCUACUCCUCGCAUGAGCCUCGUCGAGGGAGGGGGGCACGGCGGCGCUUCCUCAUCUGGCCCCGGCGGCGGCGGCGGCCGGGCGUGAGAGGCGAGCCAUGACUCUGAGCUCUCUGAGCUCUCUGAGCUCCGAGAUGUCGGACGCCUCGGUCCUCUCGGAAGAGACCGACAUCGACGUGGUGGGCGAGGGGGAGGAGGCCGAGCACGGACGCGGCUCUCCUCCGACCCCGCCUCAUCCUCAUCCUGAUGCUCAUCCGUCGGACGCCGCCUCGGAGCCGGGGCGGGACGCCUACAAGCAGCCGGCGUCGGCGGCUGGCAAGAACCCGUUGGUGAAGCCGCCUUAUUCGUACAUCGCCUUAAUCACCAUGGCCAUCCUCCAGAGCCCCAAGAAGCGGCUCACCCUCAGCGAGAUCUGCGACUUCAUCAGCAACCGCUUCCCCUACUACCGCGAGAAGUUCCCCGCCUGGCAGAACUCCAUCCGGCACAACCUGUCGCUCAACGACUGCUUCGUCAAGAUCCCGCGGGAGCCCGGCAACCCGGGCAAGGGCAACUACUGGACGCUGGACCCGGAGUCGGCGGACAUGUUCGACAACGGCAGCUUCCUGCGGCGGAGGAAGCGCUUCAAGCGGCAGCAGACGCAGGACUUGCUGCGCGAGCACGGGGGCUUCCUCCCUGCCGCUGCCUACGCUUACGGGGGCUACGGCUGCGGGGGUUACGGCCUCCAGCUCCAGUCCUACCACACGCACUCGGCUCUCUUGGCCUUCCAGCAGCAGCAACAGCAGCAGCAGCCCGCCCGGCACGGCGGCACUAUGCUACCCGCCGCCUCGCUGCUGCCCUCUACGGAGCGCUCCCGUGGCCGUUUCUACCCCCAACACGGUACCGGGCCGCAGGUCUCACCGGCCGGUACGCACAAAUCCGCCUCGCCGGCGCACCGCUCGCCCUUCUCCAUCGAGAGCAUCAUCGGCGGCGGCGGCGGCUCGCCGAGCCCUUCCAGGACUUCCCCCGUGGUGUUCCCGGUGAUGGCCGCCUCGCUGGGCCCCCCACCGGCCGUCUUGCAUCCGUUGGAGAACUUCAGCGCCGGCGGCUGUUAAACGAGACUAUAAAACGAACAAACAAAUAAACAGCCUCUCUCUCAGUGAAAGGUAGGAGUAUUAUUUUUGUAUGUUUACGGUAGCGCGCGCGCGCGCGCUCAUCGACAACUUGCUGUGCGCGUUCACGCCAUUUGAGAGGAUAUUUAAUGUUCAUAUUCCAUUCUUUUUUUAUUUUUGCGGAGCUUGAAAAUCAGGAUGCUUGGACUUUGUUUCCUCCAGCCACAAUCUCAGGACGAAUUGCUAUAAAUGAUCAUGUUUUAUUUUCUCUUCUCAAAGUAAUAAUAAUAAUAAUGUAUUAAUGUGUCAAACACGUUUCUUUUUAAUACUAUUAAUAAGAAUAGUUUUGCCAAUUUGAACAGGCUUUUGAUUUUAAACUUUGUAAUAAAAAUACAAGACUUGUAAAAAAAAAAAGAAGUCAUACAUUUAUAACAUGCAGUGUGUCUUUAUUUCAGCAACAAAUAAAUAAUGGGCAUUUUUGGCUACGACAAAA